UUGUUCAUGGUACUAAUUCUUUCUGCAUUUUGUAAACCCUGUAUGUUCCCUCCUCCUUAUAAAUACCCUGUUUCAUCCACUCCAUUAGAUCACAACUUAGCAACACCAAACAUAAACUACUUUCCAAUGGGUUUCACUAGCAACUGCAUUCAUGUUGCCAUACUUGUUCUUUCCCUAGCACUUGUAUCCACAGCUAGAGUGCUUGAUCCUGUUGAUCAUUCCAGCACUCCUGAAUUUGUCAGGAUACAGGGAUCUCAGUUUGUUCUCAGACGCUCUACUUUUCUGUUUAACGGUUUCAAUGCCUAUUGGAUGAUGACCGUCGCCGCAGACCCUAGUAAGACACACCAAGUCACCGAAGUGUUUCGAGAUGCCUCGGCUGCCGGCAUGUCUGUUUGCAGGACGUGGGCUUUCGCUGAUGGCAGUAGUAAUGCACUCCAGUUAUCACCAGGAACUUACGAUGAGCGUGUUUUUCAGGGCUUGGAUUUUGUUGUUUCGGAAGCGAGAAGAUUCAACAUAUUUUUGAUAUUGAGUUUUGUGAACAACAAGGACUAUGGAGGCAGACCACAGUACGUGCAAUGGGCUCGAAAUGCAGGAGUGCAAGUAAACAACGAUGACGAUUUCUAUACACAUCCGGUAGUCAAAGGGUAUUACAGAAACCACGUUCAGAGAGUAAUUACAAGGAUUAACACCAUAACUAGAGUUGCCUACAAGGAUGAGCCAACAAUCAUGGCAUGGGAGCUCAUGAACGAACCUCGUUGCGAAGCGGAUUACUCCGGGAGAACAGUAAACGGUUGGGUUCAAGAGAUGGCAAGCUUCGUGAAAUCAAUCGAUAACAAACACUUGUUGGAAAUAGGCAUGGAGGGAUUCUAUGGCGACACAAUGCCGGAAAAGAAGCAAUUCAAUCCAGGUUACCAAGUCGGGACUGAUUUUAUCAGCAACCAUCUCAUCAAGGAGAUCGACUUCGCUACCAUACAUGCCUACCCUGAUAUAUGGUUGGCUAAGCAGAAUGAAGAUGCACAAAUGGCCUUCAUGGGAAGAUGGAUGGAAAGCCAUUCCACCGAUGCACAAAUGAUAGAGGAGCAAGGAAUUCUAAAUUGGAAAGGAUUUGGACAAAUUAGAAGAAAAUUCGCAACUAUUGGGCUACCCGCAUUCAGAAUAUUGUUUGGGCCAUAUCUUGAGUUCUAGAAGUCGGAUUUGGGCGAUUCAACAGCCCACGCGAAGAUAAUUUAAUUUUCUAUCAUUCUAGAUGGGUCCAGAUAUAAAAAGCCCGCUGAAACAGCCCAGGAACAGGGGAGAAAGUCAACUGCGAAUUUUGACCUUUUGGAAACCCAUUCAGUUUCGGAAUUGCCUUGUGUAUUUUUAUUAGAAUAAAAACACUUUUGUAUUAGGUAUAAUUAGAUAGAGUUUUACAUACGCGAUAUUGAGGAGAGCCACGGAGAAGAAGAGAAAGGAUCAACACUUUGUAUCGUAUUCUAUUCUUUUCAUGAUUCUUACUUGUCUUAUCUUGAUUAUGCUUGGCUAAACCUCCAUUGUUGGAGGGCUGUUUUGAAGCCCUGAACCUUAUGACAAUUAUACAGUUUUGAGUUA